AUGUACAGCCGGAUCAGGUUAAAUGCGGCGGACCGCCACUAUCAUCGCUUCAUGUGGCCGGAAGAGGACGGUUCCAUCACCACCUGUGAGAUGACGCGGGUGAUGUUUGGUGUCUCUUGUUCUCCCUUUGUAUCAAUCAGGACCAUGUGGCGAGUGGCAGAAGAUUCCGGACCGGAACUGAAAGGAGCAACCGAAGCAAUCCAAAACUGUUUUUAUGUUGAUGACUAUUUGGGUUCAGCGCGCAGCACAGAGGAAGCUGUCACCGUAACCACCACGGUAUCAAGAGCAUUGGCCAGUGGGGAUUUUCAUCUAGGAGGUUGGGCUUCCAAUGACCCAGCCGUGUUAGAUGCCAUCCAGCCAGCUUCUGGAGUGAAGGAGAAGAUGGACGGAGGCGCUCAGGACCUUGGCGCAGAUGAAUUGGAAACUGUGUUGGGGAUUACCUGGCGCCCUUCCUCCGACCAGCUCGGUUUUCGUGUUAAAGAAAAGGAGGUGAUCUUCACACGCGUGGGAUUGGCGUCGAUGGUUGCUGGACAAUUCGACCCCCAAGGAACGGCCGCUCCGAUGACAAUCAAGGGUAAAAUUCGUCUUCGUGAGCUGGGCGUCCGCGGACUAGACUGGACAGAAUCAGUCAAUGAAAAGGACCGCGAAUGGUGGGCGCAAUAUUUCCAGACCAUUCAACAACUCAAAGACGUUGAGUUCCCGCGCUGUCUGUUUGAAGAGGAAGAAGACAUCGUCCGUUCAGAGCUGCACACGUUCGCCGAUGCCUCGGAGGAAGCAUGUGCUGCCGUUUGUUAUCUCCGCAACUGCUACAAGGAUGGCCGAGUGAUUGUGCGCCAUGUCAAAGCGACGACAAAAUUGGCCCCUCUGAAGACUGUGUCUGUGUGUAAAUUGGAAUUAACGGCGGCGCUUUUAGGCGCCCGACUCGCGCGUUUUGUGAAAGAGGCGUUGACUAGAAAAAUGGACGCUCAUUUUUAUUGGACAGAUAGUAGUACCGUCAGAAAUUGGGUGCGUGCCACUUCUGCCCAGUAUCAAGUGUAUGUGAGCCACCGUAUUGGUGAAAUACAAACUCUAACUGAAGCACACGAAUGGCGAUUUGUCCCUGGACGGCUCAACCCGGCGGAUGCAGCAACUCGAUCAGUUUUUAGAGGCCGAAGCCAUUCCUGGCUAUUGGUUAAAUGGACCUGCAUUUUUAUAUGA